UUUCUUCAUGGACUGGGAGAUACUGGGCACGGAUGGUCAGAAGCACUUGCAGGUAUCAGAAGUCCACAUGUAAAAUACAUUUGCCCACAUGCGCCAGUUAUGCCCGUUUCUUUGAACAUGAACAUGGCUAUGCCAUCAUGGUUUGAUAUCAUUGGACUUUCUCCAGAUUCACAGGAAGAUGAAGCUGGGAUCAAGCAGGCAGCAGAGAAUGUUAAAGCACUGAUAGAUCAAGAAGUGAAAAAUGGAAUUCCUUCCAAUAGAAUUAUUCUAGGAGGCUUUUCUCAGGGAGGUGCUUUGUCGUUGUACACAGCUCUUACAACCCAACAGAAAUUAGCAGGUGUUGUAGCCCUCAGCUGCUGGCUUCCUCUACGGGCUUCUUUUCCUCAGGGCCCUAUCAGUGGUGUCAACAAGGAGAUUGCUGUUCUUCAGUGCCAUGGGGACUGUGACCCGUUGGUUCCUUUAAUGUUCGGUUCUCUUACUGUUGAGAAGCUAAAGAGUAUGAUAAAUCCAGCCAACGUAACUUUCAGGACUUACUCUGGCAUGAUGCAUAGCUCAUGUAUUGAGGAGAUGAUGGAUGUAAAACAGUUCAUAGACAAACAUCUACCUCCCGUAGACUGAAAUGAUAUGUGAGAAGCCUUCUAUAUAA